CCACAUUUACAAUGACAGUCAAUAUGAUGCUGUGACGUCACCACCAUGCGACCAUGCUUCAUUCAUACACACCACUGCUGGCUAGCUGCUGCUAGCACCUCGAGCUAAUCAUCAGAAGGUUUCAAAAUAUGGAGGUGCUAUAUGGUCCAGUGGGCCUGGGUAUAGUAGCAGGACUGGGCUGUGGGCUCUUCCUCGGCUGGCACCUUCGGUUUCGCUUCGGCUCGACAUCCAAAAGCCUGACGGCAGCGAUGGGGAACGGCUCUGGAGAAGCAAGCAGCGUGAUGGGAGAAGGAGGCGAGUUCAAGAUGAUCCUAGUGGUCCGAAAUGACCUGAAGAUGGGUAAAGGGAAGGUGGCCGCCCAGUGCUCUCAUGCUGCUGUAUCGGCGUACAAACAGGUUCAGCGCAGGAACCCCGAGCUUCUCAAACAGUGGGAGUACUGCGGCCAGCCCAAGGUGGUGGUGAAGGCCCCAGACGAGGACACCCUCAUUGAUCUGCUGGGUCACGCCAAAGAAUUGGGGCUUCCCGUCAGCCUGAUUCAGGACGCAGGAAGGACACAAAUUGCGCCCGGUUCACGCACCGUGCUGGGUAUCGGUCCAGGCCCAGCUGACCUGGUCGACAGAGUCACUGGAGAAUUGAAACUCUACUAGACUUCCAGCUUGCAUCACAUUGACUUGCAUACAAUGUCUUUGUUGUUAGAACUGUUUGCAAUGGAAAAUCUAAGUUUGGCCGCCAUAUGUUUAUAUUUGUAUACAACGACAAUUGAAUCAGUUACAAGUUUACUACGCCGGUCUGAAGACAUGAUGCUCAGAGGAAACAGAUGAACAUUACUUCACUGUAGACAUUUUGACUUGUCAUAUCAGCGGUUACUAAUAACAUUAAAGAUGGUUUGGUUCAAUUAAGUGUCUGUUUAACUAUUACAGUUUACUAGUAUGCAAAAUAGCAGUGCCUUAGAAAUGGUAUAAUUGAAAUGCUGUUAUUAAUUACACAAGUGCUUUUGCUGCUUGUGAAUUCUCAAAAUUAAUUCUGAAAUGAGAUAGUAUACCAUGGAGGUAACUGCCGUGAACAAUUUGAUCUGACAGUACUUUGCAGUGCAUUAGUAGAGCUGGUUACAUCGCUGGUAAUAUCAGAAUAUUGUAAUUCAACUGGAUGGCAUUUGGGUUUUGUAUUAAAAUUAUGAAGUAUUUUCAAUA